CGUCCACAGUGGACCUCCUCAUUCACUGGAAGUAAGGAAACCAGCAGAGAAACAGCCAACCAUGCCAGCCGAUUUGAACGGAUAUUGGAAAAUGAUUUCCAAUGAUAACUUCGAGGAGUACCUGAAGGCCCUUGAUGUUAAUGUUGCCAUCAGGAAAAUCGCCACCUUGUUGAAGCCUGACAAGGACAUCGUCCACGACGGGGACCACAUCAUCAUCAAAACCCUGAGCACCUUCAAAAACUACAACAUGGACUUCCAUGUGGGCAAAGAGUUCGAGGAGGAUCUGUCUGGAGUGGAUGACAGGAAGUGCAUGACCACUAUUACCUGGGAGGGAGACAAGCUGGUGUGUGUGCAGAAGGGAGAGAUUGAAGGAAGAGGCUGGACCCACUGGGUGGACGGAGAUGAGCUUCAUCUGGAGCUGAGAGCUGCAGGAGUUGUCAGCAAGCAGGUCUUCAAGAAGACCUAAGCUGGCUCUGAUCGAACGAGACGGUGCCUCCGGCUGACACUGGCUCACAGAGACACACCAGACGCAUCCCAUGCUUCUGAGAUACCAUCCAACUUCCCUUUGGUCCAUUCAUACGUGUCUACAUGCGUCCGUCUACCAAUCUGUCAUGUAUUUUUUGCAUUUCAAAUACAACUUUUGCCAGCCAUCACAACUGGUGACAUUUUUGCCUUGUUCUGCCAAAGUGGAUUCAUAUUCUACAUAUUAUCAUACAACUCAGUACGGUGAGAGCCAGGCCAGGAGUGUGUGUCAUGUAACAUCGCAAAAUAAAAUACCGUGUAGUAUAUCUGUCUCAGGGUGGGUGCUCUUUUGAUUAACAAGCUUAGAUGUGUUGGACACAUGCAUACUGCUACUGUAGGUGUAGCUGAGCUGAAAACGCCAUGCGCUGAAAUGACCAGUGGAAAAGGAAUGGACACAGUGAAGAGAACAGAGAUACAACUAGUGAAAAGGCUUCAUCCUGUUUUAGUUCUCUGACUGACUACUGUGGAUGGCAAAGAUGAUACUUUGAGUGUGUUUGAGUGCCGUAAACUUCUUUGCUACUGAGGCUUAGUCUCUAGAAUGGAUAUCAGAUAUGAUAUGAGUGUAU